AUGAGUGCACGGGAGGACGCGGUGGGAGGACCGCGGGUAGUGGUGGUACAUGAACCUGAUGAUGCCAGCGACAGUUCCGUAUACGAGGGGACGUCUGAGGAGGAGGACGAGCGUUGGCAAGAGAACAAGGGAUCUGAUCUCCCCUCCGAGUAUUGGCACAUACAGAAACUUGUCAAGUAUAUGAAGGCGGGUAACCAGACGGCCACAAUUGUGGCACUGGCCUGUCUGAAGGACCAUGACCUGACCACGGAGAUCAAUCAGAUGGCUAUCAGAGACAUUGGUGGGCUAGAGGUCCUCAUCAACCUGCUCGAGACUGACGACUUCAAGUGUAAGAUGGGAGCGCUCUCAGUGCUGAGUGAGAUCUCCAGCAAUCUAGACAUACGCAAACACAUCACAGACCUUGGAGCUGUACCUUUACUGGUCAACCUGCUCAGCGACCCUGCCAGGGACUUGCAAGGGUUAGCUGCUUUCACAAUAUCAAAUGUUGCUAAGAUCAGAAAAGCGAGAAAAAUUGUACGGAAGUGUUCAGGAUUACCUAAACUUGUGGACCUCUUGGACGUGAAACCGUCUCUGUUACUGACCCAGUCAAGCCAGUUGGAGCCUGAUGACAGGAAGAGGAUUGAAGUGGUUCACGGCGCUGCCAAAGCUAUCUGGAGCCUGUCUCAGUCUAACAAGAACAAAGAGGCAAUGAGACGUACAGGGUGUAUCAAACUGUUAGCAAGACUACUGCAAUCAGUGCAUGAAGAGAUAGUAGUCUUUACUGUUGGUACCAUACAGCAGUGUGCCACUCAGAGUAAGUACCAGCUGGCUAUCCAAGCAGAAGGCAUGAUUGGUGACAUGGUGCGCUACUUGUCCAGCCCCAACAUAGAGCUCAAGAAACACUGUGCUUCUGCAAUAUUUAAGUGUGCCGAGGACAGUGUCACUAGAGACAUGGUGAGGCAGCAUGGAGGCCUGGACCCACUAGUAGCCAUCAUCAAAGACGAGGAAGUCCACCUCAACAAGCCGCUCCUAGCUGCAGCCACAGGGGCUAUCUGGAAGUGUGCCAUCAGUAUUGAGAAUGUGCGACGACUGGACGAUCUCAACACCGUCAACAUCUUGGUUAACCUGCUCGGUGAUGAGGAUGAAGAGGUACUGACCAACAUUGUAGGAGCCCUAGCACAGUGUGCCAAGCUUAGUCACAACAGGGAGACUAUCCGCACAGCUGGUGGCAUUCAACCACUGGUGCUGCUGUUGAACCUUGCUAACCAGGCGCUGCUUGAGAAUGUGGCUAAGUGCCUAGGGGAGUGUGCACAUCAGGCUGAGUGUCUGGUAGAGAUGGAGAAGUUGGACGCCAUCAGACUGCUCUGGUCCCUUCUCAAGAACCCUUCCCCUAAGGUCCAGGCCAAUGCGGCUUGGGCACUGGUGCCUUGUAUUGAGCACGCUAAGAACUCUGGGGAGAUAGUGCGCAGUUUCGUGGGAGGCCUGGAGCUGAUAGUGAACCUCCUACAGUCGGAGGACGUGCGUGUCCUGGCGUGUGUGUGCGCAGCGCUGGCCAAGGUGGCCAAGGACAGGGAGAAUCUCGCUGUCAUCACGGACCACGGUGUUGUACCGAUGCUGGCACGCCUCGUGCUCACUCUUUCCGUGAGACAGCAAUGCGAACCACGAGAAGAUCACAAGAGUUUCGAUCAAGAUGCAGACGGAAACAGCGAGGAGGAUGACACACUCAGAGAGCACCUGGCGUCUGCGAUUGCUAACUGCUGUAGCUGGGGCAGCAACUGUUACGAGUUCGGACGGCUGGGAGCUGUCACACCUCUCGUGGGCUACAUGAUGUCCAAGGAUAAGCGUGUUCACCGCACAACGGCACUAGCACUGUGUCAACUCAGUCAGGACCCCUUCAACUGUGUCACACUGCACCAAAGUGGCGUCGUACCAUACUUGCUGAAGACCAUUGGUUCUUCAGAUGAGGUUCUUCAAGAAGCAUCAGCAGGGUGCUUGAGCAACAUCAGAAAACUGGCGCUGGCUUCAGACAGGGCAAAGUUUUAGAUGUAUUAUGUUUUGAUAGUUGUUAUGGUUAUU